CUGUUUUUGCUGUGAACCUUGUCCGUCCAGCGUCCAGCGUCUCAGUCUGAGCAGGAACACACACACAGGACUCCAUGAGCUCGUCCACAGAGAUGGAUCAGAGCGUGGUGCCCAGAAUGUGCCAGCUAAAGCGGCUGGAGGGACAGAGCUUCGGCUUCUACCUGCGGAUGGACCAGAGCAGCUGGGGCUUUGAGAUCGGAAAUGUGGAGCCAUGGAGUCCUGCUGAGCACAGCGGCCUCAGAGACAGAGACCGAGUGCUGGAGGUCAACGAGGAAUAUGUGGGCAACAUGGACUUCUACAGGGUGGUGAGGAAGAUCCAGUCAUGUGGCUUAAACCUGUUUCUCCUGGUGUUGAGGAGGGCAGAGUAUGAACAG